GCAACAGUGGUUGGCAGCGCGGUGAGUUGUUUCUCUCAGCCUCGCUCGCAGCUUCUGCACUAGGAGCGCCGUCGGAGAAUGUAGGGGCAUUCCGGAGGCAACCGGCCCACCAUGAAGGGGCUGGCACUUUUUGACUGAAAUGGGGAAAAUGUCCUAGGCCUUCAGUCUUGAGGAAGGCGUAUUCUCUUAAGUGCCUCGGGGUCACUGCCGCCUUCCACUGACAGUCUUGUUUUAAGAGCGGAAGUCUUGUCUGAAUUUAUUAAUCGCCAGCUUGGUCCCUAACCCCGGGACUUUUCUGAACGGGAUAGGUGAGCUCUGCACAGUACUUGAGCCCUCUCUGCUCGCCAUGUUUUCUUGGGGGUUGAACUGUUUGUCCGUGCUGGGGGCUGCGGGCACUGCUCUCUUAUGUGCGGGUCUGCUGCUUGUUCUGGCCCAACACCUCUGGACCCUCCGCUGGACUCUAAGCCGGGACCGGGCCUCCGCCUUGCCCCUACCCCAGGGCUCCAUGGGCUGGCCAUUCUUCGGUGAGACGCUGCACUGGUUGGUUCAGGGCUCUCGUUUCCACAGUUCCCGCCGCGAGCGCUACGGGACGGUGUUUAAGACGCACCUUCUGGGCAGGCCAGUGAUCCGCGUGAGCGGCGCGGAGAACGUGCGCACCAUCUUGCUGGGCGAGCACCGCCUGGUGCGUAGCCAGUGGCCGCAGAGCGCGCACAUUCUGCUAGGUUCGAACACACUCCUCGGCGCGGUUGGCGAGUCCCACCGGCAACGGCGGAAGGUCCUGGCGCGCGUGUUCAGCCGCCCAGCUCUGGAACAAUUCGUGCCACGGCUGCAGGGGGCGCUGCGGCGAGAGGUGCGCUCCUGGUGCGCCGCCCGAGGACCGGUAGCUGUCUACGGGGCGGCCAAAGCGCUCACCUUCCGGAUGGCCGCUCGCAUCCUCCUGGGUCUGCAACUGGACGAAGCGCGAUGCACAGAGCUGGCCCAGACCUUUGAGCAGCUGGUGGAGAACCUCUUCUCACUGCCUUUGGACGUGCCCUUCAGCGGCCUGCGCAAGGGCAUCCGGGCCAGGGACCAGUUGUAUCAGCACCUGGAUGAGGCCAUUGCUGGGAAGCUUCAUGAGGAGCAGGCAGCAGAGCCAGGUGAUGCCCUGCACCUGAUCAUUACCAGCGCCAGGGAGCUGGGCCACAAGCUCUCUGUGCAGGAGUUGAAGGAGUCGGCUGUGGAGCUUCUCUUCGCCGCCUUCUUCACCACGGCCAGCGCAAGCACGUCGCUCAUCCUGCUGCUACUGCAGCACCCGGCGGCCAUCGCCAAGAUCCAGCAGGAGCUGUCAGCGCAGGGGCUGGGGCUCGCGUGCGGCUGUGCAUCCCCGGCCACAGGGCCCAGACUGGACUGCAACUGUGAGCCGGACCUUAGCCUGGCGGCUCUGGGCCGUCUGCGCUACGUCGACUGCGUAGUCAAGGAGGUGCUUCGCCUCCUACCGCCGGUGUCCGGGGGCUACCGCACUGUGCUGCGAACUUUUGAGUUGGACGGCUACCAGAUCCCCAAAGGUUGGAGCGUGAUGUAUAGCAUCCGAGACACGCACGAGACAGCUGCUGUGUACCGUAGCCCGCCCGAGGGCUUCGACCCGGAGCGCUUUGUCCUGGAGGGUAAGGACGCGCCGGGCUCCUGCGGCCGCUUCCACUACAUCCCGUUCGGCGGCGGCGCGCGCAGCUGCCUGGGCCAGGAGUUAGCACAGGCGGUGCUGCAGUUGCUCGCCGUGGAACUGGUGCGCACGGCGCGCUGGGAGCUGGCUACACCUGCCUUUCCGGUCAUGCAGACGGUGCCCAUCGUGCACCCAGUGGAUGGGCUGCGACUAUUUUUUCACCCUCUCACGACUUUGGGUGCGGGGGAUGGGUUACACCUCUGAUUCGCUGCUCCUCUAGCCUUAGCUUGCCCCGUGGCUGCCGCGCACACCCAGCGCUGGCCAUCUUCAGCGCCCUAGGUCCUCAUCGCGCGCACAUUUAAGUAGUCUUGGAUUUAACAAAUGCUCACCGGACGAUUCUGUGCUAGACUGGAAUGAGUAUUAGACUGAGUCACGCCCCCACCCACCCACCCCCACCCCGCAUUGGAGAAGCCCUGGGCUUGGGAAAGGAGAGCGGCUAGCACGGGAAAGCGUGCUUCACAUCGUAGGCACUUCCAGGAUCUCAAGGAGCCAGCGGUGGAGAGAACCUAUCUACGCUAGAUGAAACCUGGCUUCACCUUCCUGUGGCAAGUUUGGCAAGAAACUUGGGGCCCUGGCGGCGGCAGCGGUGGUGAUGGUUGGGUGUUCCUAUCAAACCAGAGGAGGAUUUACA